UGGAAGCGCGGAGCGAGCAGCGUGCAACCGUCUACAAAUAUACAGUACCGGCAACAGGCGCCGUAUACGAAGGAAGGAUUCAGGAGUUUCGUUUUCUCGGAGCAGGCGUGCCGAUAGCACGCACGUCGUCGUCUGGAAUGAAGCGUCUUCGUGCGUUGGGCUACCUCCUACUGUGCUUCCUCAGGUACUGUGACCUCACCUUCGCCGAUGUCAAAGAACUGAAACAAACUGGACCGUGCAAGCUGGAGUUCUUCGGCACCACGACGACGUGGAAGAGCCCACACUACCCAAAGGCGUCCCAGCCGCCCUUGAGAUGCGAGGCGGUCCUCGAGGCGUCCGACAAGGAUCACGUGCUGAGGUUGGACUUGGCCGACGUGUACCUCAACGAAGGAAACGAGGAGUGCGGCGUCUCCAAGCUAGAAGCUGCUGAAGGCGUCAACGGCACAGGACCGUUCAACCUGGGUGCGUUUUGCGGUGCCCAGUCGGAGCAGCAGUACGUGACGUCCAAAAGCCCUCGACUGCGGCUCAAACUGACCUUGGAGAGCGACGUGGAAGAAGGUCAUUUCUUUGUCAGAAUCAACACCAUCAAAGACGUGUACGGACACCCCGUGCUCAGCAGGCCGCUGGACAGCGACGGCGACGAUGACGGCGGCAAGGUAGUCGGGGGCAAAGAGGCCCAGAAGGGCUCCCACCCUUGGCAGGUGCUUUUCAGGCUUCCCGACUCACCCGCCCACUGCGGCGGUGCGCUUCUCAACGAACACUGGGUGCUGACGGCAGCCCACUGCUUCGAGCUGCUCGGAAAGGAUGCCCAGCCGUCCCAGGUACAAGUGCUGUUGGGAAAGCACAACCAGUUCGCUUCCGAACCCUACCAGCUGGCAGUUCGGAUAGAGAAGGUCUUCACCCACCCCGACUACGACAUUGAGUCUCAGGGAUACCACGUUAAUGCCCAGGUGAAUGGCCAGACCACGUCUGACGCCGACGUAGCCCUGGUGAAGUUGGACUCGGACGUGGAGUUCAGCGACUACGUGCGGCCUGUGGCGCUCGGGGACCCAGACUUCGUGCAGAAGGAGUUCUUCUCCAAGGCCGACGUGCACGGAGUCGUGUCCGGCUGGGGCAGGACCGACGAGGCCGACCACUCCAAGGUGCUCCAGGAGAUACGCGUCCCCAUCAAGACAGCCGUGGUGUGCAAGGCAUCCACCGAGCUGGAGGUCACGGACAACAUGUUCUGUGCCGGAUACUCUAAAGGGCAGACUCACAGAGACACUUGCGAGGGAGACAGUGGGAGCCCCUUCGUCGGCGAAAGCAACGGGAAAUUCUACGUAGUCGGCAUCGUCAGCUUUGGCGAACAGAGCUGCCUGUCCAAGGGCAAAUAUGGCUUCUACGCCAAAGUCCACAAGUUCACUCCAUGGAUACGAAAGACCGCUGGAUUAUAAAGGUUCAAUUAAUGCAAUUCAUUCAACUGUUGGGUGUCUUUGUGUCACGUCACGCUAUCUGACAACACCAGCCGUUAUAGAAACCAUUGACGCCACGCUUGUGACGUAAGGAAAAAGUAUCGUAAGUAUAUCAAGCUGUUUACUACAGGCGGCAAGUUUCGUACGUGUCCUUGAUUUACUUCAUUCAAGAACACGAGCCCUCCACAGUGGUAUCGAGCUACGAAUGUCAAUUUGCUAACGUACGUGUUGCAGACAAAUGACCCUCGCGUAUAUGAGUGCAGUGAACGGUGAAAUGGAGCAGCGUGCUUGUAAAAACCAGCCAAAUUUUAUCCACCAGCAUAUAGCCAGAGGUAAACUACGCGAACUCAACAAUUCAGUCCGAACAUACAUUUAACACACAAUACUUUGUUUUCGUGAUAAUGAAGUUCGUGCGUUCUGGCAGUGGGACUGCUUGCGUCAACUACAGCUC